UGCCCCGCGGACCCGCCGCCCCGCCGGGACCGCAGCAACUUGACAAAGGAGUGUGGACCCGGGCGCGGGGGCCAGUCCCCUGUGUGCCACCUGGGCGCCCGUUCAAGCGUGACUUUGGAGAUUCCUGUAGUUUUAGACCAAACUCUUCUCCUCUUUACCCAGCUGAGACCAUCUUUUAACGUUUUUUGGGUUGUUGUUGUUGUUUUGCUUCUUGCUUUUUUUUUUUUUUAAACUAUUAUUAUUAUUGUGAUCUAUAGAUCCCCACCGUGUAGGAAUCUUUCUGGGAGACUUUUUUUUUUUUUUUUUGACUCUUAAAAUAAGGUGAAAAGCAAUAAGAAUGUUUAAGUGCUGGUCAGCUGUCUUGGUUCUUGGAUUAAUGUUUCUGGAGUCAGAAGGAAGGCCAACCAAAGAAGCAGGAUAUGGCCUUAAAUCCUACCAACCUCUAAUAAGAUUGCGACACAAGCAGGAAAAGAGUCAAGACAGUUCAAGAAUCAAAGGAUUCCUGAUUCAGGAUGGUCCUUUGGGGUCUUGUGAAAAUAAAUACUGUGGUUUGGGAAGGCACUGUGUCAUCAGCAGAGAGACAGGGCAAGCAGAAUGUGCCUGCAUGGACCUUUGCAAGCCACACUACAAACCUGUGUGUGGAUCUGAUGGAGAAUUUUAUGAAAACCACUGUGAAGUGCAUAGAGCUGCUUGCCUGAAAAAACAAAAGAUCACCAUUGUUCACAAUGAAGACUGCUUCUUUAAAGGAGAUAACUGCAAGGCCACUGAAUACAGCAAGAUGAAAAGCAUGCUUUUAGAUUUACAAAAUCAAAAAUAUAUUACGCAAGAAAAUGACAACCCUAACGGUGAUGACAUAUCUUGGAAGAAGUUGUUGGUGGAUCAAAUGUUUAAAUAUUUUGAUGCUGACAGUAACGGACUUGUAGAUAUUAAUGAACUAACUCAGGUAAUUAAACAGGAAGAUCUUGGCCAGGAUCUUUCUGAUUGUACUUUGUAUGAUCUACUGAAAUACGAUGAUUUUAACUCUGACAAGCACCUGGCUCUUGAAGAAUUUUAUAGAACAUUCCAGGUUAUCCAGUUGAGUCUGCCUGAAGAUCAGAAACUGAGCAUCACAGCGGCAACUGUGGGACAAAGUGCUGUCCUGAGCUGUGCCAUUCAGGGGGCACUGAGACCCCCCAUCAUCUGGAAAAGGAACAAUAUUAUUCUAAAUAAUUUAGAUCUGGAAGACAUCAAUGACUUUGGAGAUGAUGGGUCCUUGUAUAUUACUAAGGUUACCACAACUCACAUGGGCAAUUACACCUGCUAUGCAGAUGGCUAUGAACAAGUCUUUCAGACUCACAUCUUCCAAGUAAAUGUGCCUCCAGUAAUCCGAGUGUAUCCAGAGAGCCAGGCUCGAGAACCUGGGGUAACUGCAAGUCUCAGGUGCCAUGCAGAAGGGAUACCGAACCCUCAGCUUGGCUGGCUGAAGAAUGGAAUCGAUAUUACACCAAAGCUGUCCAAACAACUCACACUGCAAGCAAAUGGCAGUGAGGUUCAUAUAAGCAACGUGCGCUAUGAAGAUACGGGAGCAUACACUUGUAUCGCAAAGAAUGAGGCAGGAGUGGAUGAAGACAUCUCUUCUCUUUUUGUGGAAGAUUCUGCUAGAAAGACCCUAGCUAACAUAUUAUGGAGAGAAGAAGGUCUGGGAAUUGGGAACAUGUUCUAUGUUUUUUAUGAAGAUGGAAUCAAAGUGAUACAACCCAUAGAAUGUGAAUUUCAGAGGCACAUUAAGCCUAGUGAAAAGCUCCUUGGAUUUCAGGAUGAAGUCUGUCCCAAAGCUGAAGGAGAUGAAGUUCAGAGGUGUGUGUGGGCCUCCGCUGUUAAUGUCAAAGACAAGUUCAUUUACGUUGCACAGCCAACUUUGGACAGAGUCCUUGUUGUUGAUGUCCAGUCCCAAAAAGUUGUUCAGGCAGUAAGCACAGACCCUGUACCAGUUAAAUUACACUACGACAAAUCACAUGAUCAGGUCUGGGUGUUGAGCUGGGGUACCACGGAAAAAACUUCUCCAACACUGCAGGUAAUAACCCUGGCCAGCGGGAAUGUGCCACACCACACCAUUCACACCCAGCCAGUGGGAAAGCAGUUUGACCGAGUGGAUGAUUUUUUUAUUCCUGCUACCACACUCAUCAUCACCCACAUAAGGUUUGGAUUUAUUCUUCACAAAGAUGAAGCUGCACUACAAAAAAUUGAUCUUGAAACCAUGUCAUACAUCAAGACAAUUAACUUGAUGGACUAUAAGUGCAUUCCUCAGUCACUGGCGUAUACACACUUGGGAGGAUACUACUUCAUUGGCUGCAAGCCUGACAGCACGGGGGCAGUCCCACCACAGCUUAUGGUGGACGGUGUAACCGACUCAGUCAUCGGAUUCAAUAGUGAUGUUACAGGCACUCCAUAUGUCUCUCCAGACGGGCAUUAUCUUGUCAGCAUUAAUGAUGUGAAGGGUCUUGUAAGGGUCCAGUACAUUACCAUCAGAGGAGAAAUACAGGACGCUUUUGAUAUUCACACAAAUCUGCAUAUAUCUGAUCUGGCAUUUCAGCCAUCCUUUACCGAAGCCCAUCAGUACAACAUCUACGGCAGUUCAAGCACACAGACUGAUGUGCUCUUCGUGGAGCUCUCCUCUGGGAAGGUUAAGAUGAUAAAGAGUCUAAAGGAACCACUCAAGGCAGAAGAAUGGCCUUGGAACCGGAAGAACAGGCAAAUCCAGGACAGUGGCUUGUUUGGUCAAUACCUGAUGACGCCUUCCAAGGACUCCCUCUUUAUACUAGAUGGACGACUCAAUAAGUUAAACUGUGAGAUCACUGAAGUGGAGAAAGGAAAUACAGUCGUUUGGGUUGGAGAUGCCUAGGAAAUGCCUAGGAACCCUUAUCAGAUAAUAAUGGAAUGAAGAGUUUUCCAGUACAUUGCACUUAAUCCAUUGUUUAAAUUUCAGCUUAACUUUCCAAGAUUAUACCCUAGUCAAGCAUAAGUUACUUGGUUGGCCCAAAUAAAAUAGACUUUUUUUUUUUUUUUUUGCAAAGAUGCACACAAUUAGUAAUAUUGGUUGAUUAGAAAUAUUUAACACCGCAUUUAAUAAGAAACUACAUCAAUCACAAGAAUCAAACCUAUAAUUACACAUUUUAAGCCAAUAAAAUAGAAAUUUAAAUACUUACAAAAAAUAACUGCAGGGAAUUUCAGAUGACUUUAAGCACCAUUUCAUUUUGGGGGUGGUUUAUCUCUUAUUUUUUCUUUCCACUUUUCGGUAUGCUUAAACUAGAAAUAAAAAGGUGUUGUGGAACCUUAAAAUUCUUACUUCAAAAUAUUCCGUCCCAUCCACUGUUUAUAAUCUUUUGUGCCUUGUAGGGAAUGUCACAAGAGGAAAAGGUAGGCUAAAAGCUGCAUACUGAACACCCUCAUAACUACAAAUCUUUUGUCAUUAGAAGAGAAAAGUUCGGCGUCUCUUGCGCCAAAUCCUAUCGUCGGCAUUGGGUUCAACCUCAACGAAAUGUCAUUUGAAGGCAUAAGUUGGCCUUAGGUUGUAUACAGGUGACAAACUCUAUUUGAAACUUAACCAUAUGGUCUGCAGCAUGCGGCAGAACGUGGGGAGGAAGGGAGGAAAAGGAAUUAUGGAAAGCUGUUUGCAAUGUAUUCUCUUCAUUUUGCUUGUCGUCAUUGGAGUGAAUUGUAUUUUUGAUGCAAGUUUGUCUCAGAUGUUAACUACUUACAAAUGUUUCUUAUUAGCAGAAUAGAUUUUUUUUUUUCAUGUAGUCCAGUGUUGAAUCAGCAGGAACUUUCAGCUUUAAAAAUGAAGUCUCAUUUGUGUCUGCUUAGAGUAAAGCACAUGUAGGGAAAUUACCACCUGGGAGAAAAUACUGGCUAGAGACCUGAGAAGUAUUAGUGGCUUAGGAGAAUUAGUAGCGGAAAUUGGGACUAGGGGCUAGCUCCACAGUGGUGAGGAAAGUCGAACUUCACUAUCGCCUUGGUAAUUUAAAUAUAACUCAUCAAAGAACUUCAUUCCUUGAGAACUUUCCUCAAUGACUUCUGCUCAACUCUUAAAUAACCCUUAAAUGACCUUCUCAUUAACUAUGUGCUAUGGUUUGAAACCUAACUAAUUCUCUUAUUUGAGACACUAGAGAAGUAAAAAUGAUUGCUUCUUUAAAAAAAUGAGGAAAUAAAAGGCUAAUAGAAGUGGAUUAAAGCUAGAAAUGGUUUAUUGAAAUAAGCAGAUAAUUAUCUAGGCUUAAGGUCAUAUACAUGUUUGGAGACUCUAUUUUUUUCUUUAGUUGUUGCUAAAAAUGCUAAUGGGCUGUUGAAACGACCUCCGUUUACUGAAGGUAAUCCAAUAAGGUCUUUUUUAAAUACAAAUUUGACUCAAGUUUAAAUUGUAUAAAACUGCUUAGAAACCUGAAAUUUUAUAGUGUGUAAUACCUUAUGUAUAUAUAGCAUCCUGAGCUGUGUAAUAUGGUAGAUUUCUUCUUAGCUUAAGGAAACAUAUGGGAGGUAGAUUUAAUAAACAACACAAAUCAACUUAUGUUUCUACUUACCUGCUUUCCUUUUUAGCAAGUUUCUCCCUUGUGAACAUGAACCAUAUAAAGUGUCUAAUGAUUUAAUGUAAGUCUGUCCCAUACAUCCUUCUUUGGUAGCUUACACCAUGUGGAUGCUCUGUCUGUAGACAUUGCUUGAUAAAAGAAUAAACCUCUUAAAUUUUAA